AUGACCCGCUGUCUCGCCCAACCCCCACACCCCUCCCUUCGGUUUUUGCCUCUUUAGCUUCCAGUCGUGAACUGCGUUUGGCCAACCCUGAUCCAGCUACUUUCUGAAUCGAAAACCCUGACCAAACUACUAACUAUUGUGUAGACAUGGCAGCAAUCCGUAAGAAGCUUGUAAUAGUUGGAGAUGGGGCAUGCGGAAAGACGUGUCUACUCAUCGUCUUCAGCAAAGACCAGUUCCCUGAAGUAUAUGUACCAACCGUCUUUGAAAACUACGUUGCUGACAUCGAAGUAGACAGUAAACAGGUAGAGCUGGCUCUGUGGGAUACAGCAGGCCAAGAGGACUAUGACAGGCUGCGACCUCUCUCCUACCCUGACACCGAUGUCAUCCUUAUGUGCUUUUCUAUUGACAGUCCUGACAGUCUGGAAAACAUCCCGGAGAAGUGGACUCCAGAAGUGAAACACUUCUGUCCCAAUGUUCCCAUAAUCCUCGUGGGCAACAAAAAGGACCUGCGGAAUGAUGAGCACACCCGUCGUGAGCUGGCAAAGAUGAAACAGGAGCCUGUGAAGCCCGAGGAAGGCCGGGACAUGGCCAACCGGAUCUGUGCUUUUGGCUACAUGGAGUGCUCUGCCAAGACCAAGGAUGGCGUGCGAGAGGUGUUUGAGAUGGCCACAAGGGCGGCACUGCAGGCUAGACGGGGCAAGAAGAGCAAUAAAUGCCUCCUGCUUUAAACACAAGCGGACUGUAUAUCCUACAGCAGAGAGGGGUGCAGGACACAAGCGUGUGUCCUCUGCUGAUCCACCUUCAUGAAAAGACUGUGCUAAACUGUUUUUUUUUUUUGUUUGUUUUUUUAAAUGAGAGAUGCAAACGCUUUUAUUUAGUCUGUCUUUUAAAAAAAACAAAAACCAGUAGGCCAACAACUAGUUAUGAAAGUUUUUUUGUCAGUAUUUAAAGGAGCUGAUGUGGAGAGAGUUUUUUUUUUUUGUACUUUACACCUGUGAGUGAGUAUGCCAUAUUUACUCCUACUAAGCCAAUAUCUGUGGGGCUGGUGAGGCACGCUGUGCCAUAAUGAAACCCGUUUGUUCAGCGGUCAAGUCCUUGCGAUUGGUCAGAAUUGUCUGGCCACACACUGUGACCCUUCCCUCAUAACCCUUCUUAUUCCUUUUGGACGACAGAAAAUAUGCAAUUUUAAAAAGCUGGAAAUGAUCAGGACCAACAUGCCUGUCACAUAGGGAACAUGUGCAUUUUCACAUAUGUACCGUACACACAAGGGCAAGACUUGAAGCUUGUUGUUUUGUUCUUUUUGUUGUUUUUCAAAAAAAAAAAAACAUUAGAAGCAAAAAAAAUUGGUAUUUUUGGUGUAUUAAAAUCUUUUUAAGAAGCUUUUGAAGUCAAAA